AUGGAUCUCAACUCUACAGAUGUUUCCUUUCCUCAAAUGUUGGGGUCACGUUCAGAUACGUGCAAUCUUCCCAGCUGCAGUACAGGACUUGGCUUUGGUGAUACAACAUUGCGAUUAGACUGUUGUGGGUACAAUCAGGACCAUGACAAGGGUCCGGCAGGGGUGCACAUGAUUAGUGCAUCUGCAUAUUCUCCAAAUUCUCUUGAGGACGUUUCCUAUGAUGAUGGAUGUACAUUAGUCCUAGGAUUAGGACCAGCUGGGAGUUCCUCUUUUGAUUCACUAGGUAUUAAUAGAGUUAAGGCUCUCGGGGGAUUAAUUUUCCAAGAAUUUUCUGGUUCUCCUCAACAUAGUAGUCCCUUUCUCCAAAGCCAGACACAGGAUAAGUUGGCUGAAAGUGGAAAUGGAAUUCAGGUUUCAAUUGUUGAUGAGGGUUCAACAUCUGCAGCUCGUAGAAGAUCAGGUGGAUGCAUGCAGUCUCUGGUUGAUACUUCAUCUUUCAGCAGUAGGCAUAUCCAGAAUGUCCGAGACUUGGAGGUUGGAUGCAGUUUCAAUCUUCAAGUCCAUUCUAAUCCCUCAUCUGCUGCUGAGAGCUUGCAAGGUGCAAUGUCUGGAAAUACUGGUGUGGAAGUUCCAGAUCACAGGAGCCAUCCAAGACGAUGCCGGUUCAGAGGGUGUACAAAAGGUGCAAGAGGAGCAUCAGGGUUGUGCAUUGCUCAUGGAGGAGGUCAGAGGUGCCAGAAGCCUGGAUGUAACAAGGGUGCAGAAAGCCGAACUGUUUACUGCAAGGCUCAUGGUGGCGGCAGAAGGUGUGAGAGCUUAGGAUGCACGAAGAGUGCAGAAGGGAAAACAGAUUAUUGUAUUGGACAUGGUGGUGGAAGAAGGUGUGGGCAUCCAGGGUGCACGAAAGCAGCAAGGGGCAAAUCUGGCCUUUGCAUUCGUCAUGGUGGGGGAAAACGCUGCAAGGUAGACGGCUGCACAAGAAGUGCUGAAGGAUUUUUAGGACUCUGCAUCUCACAUGGCGGUGGUCGAAGAUGUCAAUAUCCAGCAUGCAACAAGGGUGCUCAGGGUAGUACCAGUUUCUGCAAAGCACAUGGUGGUGGUAAGAGAUGCAUUUUUGCUGGGUGUAACAAGGGUGCUGAGGGGAGCACACCGUUGUGCAAGGGCCAUGGAGGGGGAAAGCGUUGCAUGUUUGGUGGGGGAGGUGUAUGCCCUAAGAGUGUGCAUGGAGGCACCAAUUUCUGUGUUGCUCAUGGGGGUGGAAAGAGGUGCGCGGUACCUGGGUGUACAAAGAGUGCUAGGGGGAGGACUGAUUGCUGUGUUCGUCAUGGUGGGGGAAAACGUUGUCAUUUUGAGGGUUGUGGCAAGAGUGCACAGGGGAGUACUAACUUUUGCAAAGCACAUGGUGGUGGGAAGAGGUGCAUGUGGGGCCAAGAGGGGACAGUUUAUGCUGGGGUGCUUGUCAAAGGCAAAAACGGUGAGAUUCAGACUGGUCCUUGUGACAAGUUUGCAAGAGGGAAGAGUGGCUUGUGUGCUGCUCAUGGCAGUCUGGUCCAGGCAAUGAUACCUGGAACAGCCGAAGGAAAUACAGGAAUCAGCCCUGGCCUGUUUCGUGGGCUGGCUCAUCCUUCAACAGGCAAUAGCGGCGAUGAUGAUUCAUCAGGUGCUAGCACGGUAUCAGAACUGGCGAUUGAUUGCACACAGUCUGCAGAUGAAUCAUCUAGGUCCCAUAAUCAUCUGAUACCGCCUCAGGUCUUGGUUCCUCCAUCCAUGAAGUCCCCAAGUUUGUUUGGCUUGGGGAGUGAGAAAGGGGCCAGCAUGCCUGCACCUAGCAAUAUUAGUAGCACCUUGGCCGUUCCAGAAGGCAGGGUGCAUGGUGGAAGCUUGAUGUUUCUGCUCGGAGGCGAUCUCAAGGCUGCUGCAGAUCGUGUUUUCUAGUCCUCCAAAUGCGAGUGACCUACAUAUUGGGACUGAUUCUUUGUGGUGGGUGGUGCUAUUAGAUGAAUGGUCUUCAUUAAUAAUAUAUUAUGGAGUUGCUAAUGUGUGAAAACUUUGUACUUAUCUUGGGCGAAGACUAUCUUCAGAUAUGUGUAUUUUCAGAUAGUCUUUAAGUUGGCCUUAAGGAAAUGAAACUGUGUCGUCGUAGGGGGUCUUUUAUAAAUAGAGUUAAUUGAUAAUGGGUCAGAUCCCCUUGUAGUCCCAAUAUCAUAUUGUCAUAAAUAGGCUGUUAUCCCAAGGGAUUAGGGCUAUCAAGUAAUGAGAAUUGCCUCUCGGUGAGAGACAAGUUUAGGCCUGA